AUGGCGUCGGGCUUAGCUCCUAGUACUUCGACGAACAACAAUCCAACCUCUGUCCAUGGCUCUACUACCGUCAACACGGAUCCUGUUGAGGCUGGACUAUCUCACCCCAUUCUGAAACAUUUCCUCAUUCCGUUUCACACCAAAGGCAACCCCAAGCUGUGCAAGUUCUGUGGCAAGAAGUUCCAGAGCGGAACAAAUCGCUGUGCAAUCCAUCUCGCGACAUGGAAAGGGCAGGAGAAGCGCGCUGUGGCGUUAUGCAAGGACGCGCCCACGGCAGUCCGCGAUGAAGUCCGUGGCAUGUACGAGACCAAGGCGGAACAGCAGGACUUGAAGCGAGGGGCGGCCGCUGCUGCAAUUCACUCCGCGCUUGACGCUGUCAGUGGAAACCCGGAGAAAAAGAGCAAAAUUACGGAUUUCUUUGGCAAUGAGGCGACGUGCGCCAAGGAGGACGCGGAUAACGCGCUUUGCCUUCUGUUAGCGGCGCUGAAACUUCCAGAGUGCAUUGCGGACGAUCCGGUCUUCCGCUACGUGGUCCAGUGCAUUGCGCGCGCUGGACCUGGGUACGUCCCUCCUAAGAGGCGCUACAUUGGAGGGGCAGGCUUGAAGGUGCGGCAGAAAGUGGAGGUCGCGUUCGCCCCCGUUGCCGCGAGCUGGAAGCGGGACGGGGUAACGGUGUCGUCGGACAUGAUGACCGACCGUUGUGGCCGCCCGCAGGCCAACGUGCUCCUUGUCAACAACUCCGGCGCAGUUUUCGAGCAGGCGGUGGACUGCGACAUGGACAACUAUGCAUCGGCCGCCAAGAAGAUUGCGAGCACAUGGCCGCACAUUGAGCAUGUGCCAUGUGCCACGCAUGUCCUGGACCUGAUGAUGGAAGAUAUGGGCAAAAUGGGAUGGGCGAAGGGGCGUGUAGAGAAAGGAGGGGAGAUGAUUACCUUCGUGCGCAACCACCACUUUACCCGUGCCUAUAUGAAGAAAGUGGGGGGGAAGCAGGUGCUCAAGCCUGCGGGAACUAGGUUCGGGACACAAUACAUAGCCAUGGCCCGGCUAUGUGAGGUGAGGAGUGGGCUGGCGGCGAUGGUGCUCAACGACGAGUGGAAGGUGUGGGCAGCGGCGGACAAGGAUAGGAAGACAGCAGUUGAGAAAUUCAGGGCUGCUGUGAUGGAUGAGGAGUGGUGGGGGGUGGCGGAGUUCUUUACCUCUCUCAUGGCGGUGUCAUUCAAGGCCAUGCGGGCCACGGACUCUUCCGCGAAAGGCAUGAUGGGUAAGCUGUAUGACAUCAUGCUACAGCUUACCGAGGACAUCAAUGACAAGCUCAACGCUUCAAGUGACUUCUUGACUCGGACAGAGAGGGCAGACAUCACCAAGAUUGUGAAGGACAGGUGGGACAACUCUCUUGCCUGCCCCAUGCAUGUGGUUGGCCGAAUCCUGAAUCCAGCCAACCAGGAGGAGGGAAUUUUCAGGAACGAUGUGGAGUGCACGCGGGUGUUCAAGGACUACAUCGAGCGCCACUAUGACAACAAGACCUUCAAGCGUGGCAAGGAUGGCGCCCCUCGCCGCGCCUCCCUUGUGCUGCAGGAGGCAUUGCUGGCCUACAUCAACAUGGAGGGUAGCUUUGGCAAGCCGGGCGCCAUUUCUGCAAGGGAGGCAGUGAAGAAGGGGGAGAUGAGCAUGGUGCAGUGGUGGUCGUGGCACAGCACCAAGUAUCCUGAGCUUGCCGCCCUUGCAUGCCGGGUGCUCACUCAGCCCGUCUCGGCUUCCCCAUGCGAGCGUGGCUGGGCGCAGUGGGAAGGCGUCCACACCGCCCGCCGCAACCGGCUCGGGUCCGCCAAGUGUGCGGACCUCGUCUACAUUGCGCACAACUGGAACCUUGUGCACAAUUGGUACAAGAAAGAUGGGGGCGGCACGGUUGUGCCCGGUAACAUCCCGGAUGCCCCUAUCCCCCCCGGCUAUAACAUGGAUGAGGAAGAGGAUGACAUGCUGGGGGAGGAAGGAGAGGAUGCAGUGCUGGCGGAUGAGUAUGGGGAAGGUGUGGUGGUGGAAAAGCCCCGCAAGGAAAUCGGUUGGGCGGGUUCGGUCGGGAGUGGUGGGGCGUCAGGGGGGGAGGAGCAGGGGCGGGGUGGGAGGGAGGCCGUGAGGCGUUUCGAGGACGACGUCAAGGAGGCAAUAAUCUCCCACUCGAACAGAGCCAAGGUACGUGAAGAGGCUCUCUUCAAACGACACCCAAUUGACUGCGGUGGUGCCGUUGAGGAGCUCGAGUUUGUCUAUUGA